ACUCUGACUCUUCUCUUUCCACCAUGUCUGCUGUUCGCGCACCUGCGGAGGCUCUCUGGCGGUCUUUACGACUGCCCGCGGAUGCCAUCUCUCGCCUGCGGCUCACUGAGCAACCCGACCCCGUCGUGAACUCUUCCUUUCUUCUCGGCACUGCUGCUCAGACGGCGAUCGGCUUGUCUGGCCUUGCGGCGGCCGAGUUCCACCAAUUGAGGACCAGAGUCGAGCAGACCGUCACUGUGGAAGCUCGGCAUGCCGCCCUUGAAUUUAAGAGCGAAGCCUACUACGCAAUAGAGGGUGAUUCGAGCGAGAAAUUCGCUCUGUUCGACACUCUCGCGGGCGUGUACUGUACGAAAGACAACAACUAUGUCAGGAUACACACAAAUUUCCCCCACCACAAGCAGGGGAUUCUGAAUAUUCUCCAGUGCGAGCCGUCGAAAAACUCGAUAGCCGCUGCCAUGCUCCAGUGGAACUCGGUCGACUUUGAAACCGAGGCCUCCAAACAGGGGAUGGUGGCCACUGCUCUGCGGUCUUUCAAAGAGUGGGAUGCACAUCCCCAGGGACAGGCUUUAGCGAAUACGCCUCCCGUCGCGCUCUUCAAGAUCGGCGACGCACCCAAGCGGGACGUGCGGGGCAACCACACAAGACCGCUGGAAGGUAUACGCGUGUUGGAUCUCACCCGUGUGCUAGCAGGUCCCGUCUGUGGGCGGACGCUGGCAGCACACGGCGCGGAUGUGCUUUGGGUCACCUCGCCCAAGCUGCCUGCGCUCCCCAACCUCGAUGUUGACACGUCUCGUGGAAAGCGCACGGCCCAGCUCGACCUCAACGAAACGGUUGAUCACGAGAAGUUCACAUCCUUGGCGAAGGACGCAGACGUGUUCUUGCAGGCCUAUCGACCUGGAAGUCUCGCUGCGAAGGGCUUCAGCGCAGAGGACGUCGCAAAGCUACGGCCCGGGAUCGUGUACGCGAGCCUGUGUGCUUACGGUUGGGAGGGUCCGUGGAAAGACCGGCGCGGGUUCGAUUCUCUGGUUCAGACGGCCACAGGGUUCAACGUUGCGGAGGCGGAUGCCUAUGCGACUUUCACUGGAGACAGCGCUGCGCAACCGCUUGCUCCUCGUCCACUCCCUAUGCAAGCCUUGGACCAUGCCGCUGGAUAUAUGCUCGCAUUCGGCAUUCAGGCCGCACUGUGCAGGACGAUUACUGAGGGAGGGUCUUGGGAAGUGCGCGUGUCCCUCGCUGCCGUCGGGCAAUGGAUCCGGUCCCUUGGACAACUAGACCCUGUCACCGCUUUCCGUGAUGGCCCGCCGCUUCCCCCUCGAGACAUGGGCGACCCUGAGGUCUCGCGCUAUGCGACCAAGGUGCUGCAAGCGAAGAGUGCCAGUGAAAGCAGGGACAGGAAGACGAUGACGGCGAUAGCGCAUGCGGCUCAGCUAUCUGCUACACCUGUGAAAGAAGGCGAAGCUCCGAUACGUUUGGAUGCCCACCGCGCCGAGUGGUUGCCGCGAAGGUGAUGCGUGGGUGUGAAGCCAAGAUGUAAACCUGGAUAUGUUAUCGGACUAUAUACACAUGCAGAUCGCGUUUCCCACUC